GUAGCUCUGUUUGGGGUCCUCAGUGGCGCCGCUCUCAGGGCAAUUGCAACAAAUGUUAACAGAAGCGAAUAGAAUUGACAAAAAUAUUCCGUGAAAUCGGGCUUUAGGGGACUUUGGAUUCUUGGACAACCAGCGAUGAAUCUCGAGCUGCUCGAAUCGUUCGGGCAGAACUACCCAGAGGAGGCAGAUGGCACGCUGGACUGCAUCAGCAUGGCGCUCACCUGCACCUUCAACCGCUGGGGCACCCUGCUGGCCGUGGGCUGCAACGACGGCCGCAUCGUCAUCUGGGACUUCCUCACUCGGGGAAUCGCUAAGAUCAUCAGCGCACACAUUCACCCCGUCUGCUCCCUGUGUUGGAAUCGAGACGGACACAAGCUGGUGAGCGCCUCGACGGACAACAUCGUCUCUCAGUGGGACGUCCUGACUGGAGACUGUGACCAGAGGUUCCGCUUCCCGUCCCCCAUCCUCAAGCUGCAGUACCAUCCCAGAGACAUAGACAAGGUGCUGGUUUGUCCCAUGAAAUCAGCUCCGGUGCUGCUGACGUUAUCAGACUCGAAGCACGUGGUCCUGCCUGUGGACGACGACUCGGACUUGAACGUGGUGGCGGCGUUUGACCGGCGGGGGGAAUAUAUUUACACCGGCAACGCCAAAGGGAAGAUUCUGGUGUUAAACACCAACACUCAGGAGCUGGUGGCGUCCUUCAGAGUUACGACCGGCACCAGUAACACCACAGCCAUCAAGUCCAUAGAAUUCGCUCGAAAGGGCAGCUGCUUCCUGAUAAACACAGCCGACAGGAUCAUCAGGGUGUACGACGGCAGAGAGAUCCUGACCUGCGGCCGGGACGGCGAACCAGAACCCAUGCAGAAGCUGCAGGAUCUGGUCAACAGGACUCCGUGGAAGCGCUGCUGCUUCUCCGGCGACGGCGAGUACAUCGUGGCCGGCUCGGCCCGGCAGCACGCCCUCUACAUCUGGGAGAAGAGCAUCGGGAACCUGGUGAAGAUCCUGCACGGCACCCGAGGGGAGCUGCUGCUGGACGUGGCGUGGCAUCCUGUUCGACCCAUCAUCGCCUCCAUCUCCAGUGGAGUGGUGUCCAUCUGGGCCCAGAACCAAGUGGAAAACUGGAGCGCUUUCGCGCCGGACUUCAAAGAGCUGGACGAGAACGUCGAGUAUGAGGAGCGGGAGUCUGAGUUUGACAUCGAGGAUGAAGACAAAAGUGAACCGGAGCAGACGGGUGCAGACGCUGCUGAGGAUGAGGAGGUGGACGUGACCACGGUGGAUCCCAUCGUUGCUUUCUGCAGCAGUGACGAGGAGCUGGAGGACAACAAGGCCCUGCUGUACCUGCCCAUCGCCCCUGAGGUCGAGGAUCCAGAGGAGAACCCAUUCGGGCCGCCCCCGGACACCUCGGUGCCGCCCGGCGCCCCGGACGACGCGCUGCCAGGCGGCGGUGACAAGAAGCAGAGGCAGCCGUCGUCUGAAGGGGGCCCGGCCAAGAAGAAAGCCCGCACUACCACCAUUGAACUGCAGGGGGUGCCCAGCGACGAAGUGCACCCCCUGCUGGGCGUGAAGGGGGACAGCAAGUCCAAGAAGAAGACAGCAGGUCGACCCAAAGGCUCCAAAGGUAAAGACAAAGACUUCUCCUUCAGGCCGAAGCCCUACAAGGGCGAGCGGCCCCCGUACCCCAUGGGGCCCGAGGCCCUGAGCGGCUCUGGCCUGGGGGGAGGAGGAGGAGGAGAAGGAGGGAUGAAGGUCAGAGCAGAGGGGGCCCUGGCACCAGGGAGUCUGGUCUCUCAGGCAUUCAAGCAGCACAACAUCGGAGGGAUGGACUGAUGCGAGGAGCGCCGAUCAUCUCCGACAAACGGACUAAAACUCCAUGUUGUGAACAGACUGAAUGAAUUCCUGCUGAGCAGAUCUGAGAUCAGCCUCACAGGAAAUCUCCUGGACUCGGAUCUCCGACCAGAACCGGGAAGCAGCAGAGAUCCACACGUCCUCCUAUCUCUCUAGGAUUCGUCUUGUAUAGAAAACCUUCAUGUCCUCGCAGACUGUUGCCCUUCCUGUUUUUAUACGUAUUAAACUGUGUGAUUUAUAGUCA